AUGACUGCCUUGUUGCUUCUCCUACUUUUGCUGCAGGUGUCUACCUUGACAGCCUACUCUCCUCUGCUACCACGCCCUGCGACAUCUGCUGUUGAUAAAUCAGGAACAUCAAGACGAGAGUUGCUAGUAUCAGCUGCUGGACUUGCAACAUCUUCCUUGUUGAUCAAACCGUCAGCAGUAUUCGCUGAAUCAUCGGACAAUGCUCUAGUCAAGUAUGUUGAUGAAGACUGCAAGUUCACAGUCUCAUUGCCAACUAGUUGGGAAAAGUCUGAACAGACCCUUCCUGAUCGCAGAAAAAUCACCUUGUAUAUCAAGCCUGGGUCAGAGAAGAAGACACUGGUAUCUCUUGUCUACACUCCUGUCCGUGCCGACUUUACAUCGUUGGGAAGCUUUGGGACGGCAGAUGAAGUGGGUCAAGCGACGAUCUUGCCAAAGGGAGAAAUCGCUGGUAACGAAGGCAUUGAUGCCAAACUGUUGAGCGCUGAGAGCAAAAAGGGCGGAUACUACUUCGAUUACUACCAAUCCUCUCCUGGACAACCAAAGACACAUUUCCGAACCAUUUUUUCCCUCACCGCUGGACCCACCGCCGCCGCCGGUGGUGUUCUUGUGUCCAUAACGGCUCAGACUCCAGAAUCUGACUACGACUCCAUGAAGCCUUUGUUUGAAGACAUUCUCAGUUCGUAUGUGGUGUGA